AUGGCGAGAACUAGAAAAGGUCGUCAAAAGAUACAAAUCUUACGAAAAAUGGAGAAAGAUAGCAACCUUCAAGUUACGUUUUCAAAAAGAAGACAAGGUCUUUUUAAAAAAGCUAGCGAUCUUUGCACCUUAUGUGGUGUAAAAAUUGGAAUACUUGUGUUUUCACCUGGUCGAAAAGUAUUUUCUUUUGGAAAUCCAGAUGUUAGAUAUGUAUUUAACCGUUUCAAAAACCACAAUCCUUUUCAGCUUACUGAAUUUGGUCCAAACGCAAAUAUCCGAGAUCUUAACAGUAUACUCACUCAGGAGCUGAUAAAAUUUGAAAAGGAGAAAGCAAGGAGGGAAAUUUUGGAUAAGAUUAGAAUUCAGAGAGAAGAAACAGAUAAAUGGUGGGAGAGGCCUCCGAAUGAACUUGACUUGAGUCAAAACACUUGCCUAAUAAGUGCUUUGGAAAAUCUGCGGAUGGAUUUGGGAACUCAACGCUCCCAACAAGCAAUGGUUCCUCAGAAUUACAAUGGUGGAAGUAAUAACAACAUUGAUGUGAAUGCGUUCAAUUACAAUCCCAACAUGACGAUUCCUAAUCAAGGACCAACGUUUGGAAAUAACAACAUGAAGCCUGAGGUGUUUGAUCCGAUAUACAAUAUGAAUUGGCCUGAAUAUAAGCACGGUCCCUACUAGGACCA